AUGGAUGUUGACUUGGAGAAGAAGGAGGAACACAGCGCUGGAUCCCUCACUCCUGGCCAGGAUUAUGGGCAAAUUGUCUCGACUCAGAAGACGUCUUUCUUCGCCCGCGUCAUCGAUGGGUUUCGGGAGAAUCCCAAUGCGCGUGUUUCGGAGUUGCUCGUCGACGACAAUGGAAAGCCGCUGCCCAACCAGCCACCCGCCCAGCCAGCAUUGGCUAUGAAACUCAAGCAGCGCCAUCUGCAGAUGAUUGCCAUCGGCGGCUCCAUAGGAACUGGUCUCUUUGUCGGUUCGGGUUCCGCUCUAGCCACAGGCGGUCCCGCGGCGCUGGUCUUAGCAUACUGCCUGCUGGGCAUCAUGAUCUUCUGCACCGUCCAUGCCUUGGGGGAGAUGGCUGUCUUAUUUCCAGUUGCUGGGUCCUAUUCAGCAUACUCAUCAAGAUUUCUUGAUCCGGCGUGGGGCUUCGCCAUGGGCUGGAACUACGCUUUCCAGUGGCUUGUUACACUGCCGAUUGAGAUUAUGGCUGCCAGUAUUACUCUAAAUUACUGGCAUGGAGCACGGGACGUUAAUCCCUGUGUCUGGGUUACCAUCUUCUAUGUUGUUAUAAUCUCAAUAAACCUUUUUGGGGUUAAGGGUUAUGGGGAGGCCGAGUUCGUUUUUUCGAUUAUCAAGGUUAUCGCAACCUUAGGGUUUAUUAUAUUUGCCUUGGUUGUCGACGUCGGCGGAGGACCUACCGGGCAUUAUUUUGGAGCCAAAACGUGGGAUGAUCCGGGCGCUUUUGCAUACGGCUUCAAGGGCGUUUGCUCGGUUUUUGUCACAGCUGCGUUUUCGUUUGGUGGCACUGAGCUGGUUGGACUGGCGGCAGCCGAGGCCGAAAAUCCACGUCUGGCGCUCCCGACCGCCAUCAAGCAGGUAUUCUGGCGGGUGGUUCUGUUUUAUAUCAUUUCCUUGACCUUUGUUGGAUGCUUGGUCCGAUGGGAUGACCCUCGGCUGCUCAACAGUGGCAGCAGCGCCAAUUAUUGGACAUCGCCAUUCGUGCUGGCCAUCAAAAAUGCGGGGGUGGGAGGCUUGCCCUCGGUCUUCAAUGCUGUCAUUCUCAUCGCGGUUCUGAGCGUCGGCAACGCAUCUGUUUAUGGUGCAUCGCGUACGAUGGCUGCGCUGGCCGAUAAUGGCCAGGCACCCAAAAUCCUUGGCUAUAUUGACCGGACGGGCAGACCGCUCGUGGCCAUCAUCGUGUCUUCGGCACUCGGAGCUCUUUGCUACAUUGUAGCGUUGUCGCCGUCGCAGAGACAAGAAGCAUGGAACUGGAUGUUUGCUGUCAGCGGCCUGGCAAGCAUCUUCACGUGGGGAUCCAUCUGCCUGUGCCACAUUCGAUUCCGCCAGGCCUGGAAGUACCACGGUCACACUCUGGACGAACUGCCUUACAAAUCUCAAGCAGGGGUGAUUGGAUCAUGGAUCGGCUUCCUGUUCAACUGCCUGGUGCUGAUAGCCCAAUUCUGGACCGGAUUUGCCCCGAUUGGUUACCGCGAUAUGUCAUCAUCCGAGAGGACCAAGAUAUUCUUCGAAGGCUACCUCGCAGCACCCAUAGUUCUAGUCUUCUACAUUGGGUUCAAAAUUUGGAAGAGAACCCCGAUCCGACGCGUCAAGGACAUUGACGUAGUGUCAGGCAGACGCGAGAUCGAUCUGGAGCAGAUUCUGGCCGAUGAAAGAGCGAUCCGGGCGACGUGGCCAUGGUGGAAGAAGACGUGGAAUACCUUUUGUUAA